AUGAACACCAUGCCUCCACCAGAUCUAUCAUCCUACCGUCUAUCAGACGAGGAAUCGCAACGCAUCUUCAACACGGAAAUCCUACCCGCCGAAUUCCACAACCUCUCCCACAAUGCCCAAACCCAAGCACCACCACUCGCCGUCCUAGCCGUCGGCCAAACAGGCGCAGGCAAGACUCGCCUCUCGCCAGCCAUCCUCUCAGCCUUCCAUCUCAUCCGGGGCGCUCCCGCGCAUCUCAUCGCCGACACAUACAAGACAUACCAUCCCGAGUAUACGCGUCUCAUGCUCUCAACGCCUCAUCUAGCGUCCCCUGCUACCGGCACAGACGCGAGGAAAUGGCUCGCCAUGGCAUCAGAGGAGGUUGUUCGGCGGAAAUUAGACGUCUUGUUGGAGAGUGCGUGUCGCCACCCCGAUGAUUUUGUGCAGUUGGCUCGUAUUUUCAGCGAGGCAGGAUAUCGUGUGGAAGUUGUGUUGUUGGCGGUUCCAGCUGCGCUGAGUAGGUUGGGGAUACUGGUGAGGUUCUACGAGAAGUUGCCGGAGGGUCAGUCGAGAAAUCUGCCCGUGAGAUUGACCCCCGCGAAGGUUCAUGAUGAUUCGUACGCGGGGCUAGUGGAUGCGGCGAGGUUUUUGGACGAGAGCGCAGUGGCGGAUCAGGUUUUGGUUGUGAGGAGAGGGAAUUUCGUGGCGUAUGGAGAUGUGAAGGGGCAGGAUGGGAAGAUGGUUGAUGGAGGAGUGGAAGGGGCGUUGAGGAAGGAGAGGGAGCGGCCGUUGACGGCGCAGGAGAUGAAGACUGCGUUGGAUGAUGUCCAGAAGAUGAGUACGCAUGAGGAUGCUGCUGAGCAGGUGGAACAGGUGAGAGGGAUGUUGAGGCCGUUGAUCCAAGGGGACAACCAGGAUGGAUGGGCUGAGUUGAAGCCAGUGACUUUUGGGAAAGUUGGUGAAGAAGCUGGAGGUAUUUUUAAUGUUCUUCGCCUGGGGCAGUUGUGA